AGUCAUUGCUUUAGUGCUACUUAUGAUGAGAUGACGUGCAAAGAGAUGGUGAAAAAGGUAGAGAAGACAAUGCGGGCAAUGUUUGAUCAAUAUAAUGAGACAGCAUCAAGUCUUCAUCUAUCGGCAUCUAUGACUCAGCUACAAUCAACCUCUAUUGUUAGUUCUUCAUCCACAUUUGUCAUGCCUGUUAGUGGUCGACCUAGUGCCAACAAGAAGUCACGAAAUUUGCAUGAUGAGUUUGUGGCACGAAGAUUGGAGAAGGAUGAUGGAGUGACAAAAAAUGAGGUCGAUAAAUAUUUGGAAGAGGAACCUGAGCGACCAACUGAGAAUUUUGAUGUUUUGGGAUGGUGGGCUAGUAGUGGGUGCAAGUACAAGAUCUUGUCACUCAUGGCUCGUGAUGUGUUAGCUAUACCAGUUACCACCGUUGCUUCUGAGGCGGCAUUUUCUAUAGGAGGUCGAAUUUUAGAUCCUUUUAGAAGCUCACUAAGCCCAAGGAUGGUCCAAGCAUUAAUUUGUCUCAAUAACUGGUGGAGCGGAUCACAUCAACCCAUCAUAACUCGAGAAUAUAUGGAAGAAGAAGAAGCGCUUCAAACAUCAGAGUAUCUUGAGUCAGAGAUGACCAAUGAUCCUACAAGUGCUGGGCCUGGGCCAGCUUCAUCCUCCGUCAAUUUUCAGUCUUCAGCCUCAUCUGCUGCACAACAAUCUACAAAUUAAAAGAAUUGCAAUUGCUUGAAUGAAGGAAAGGAAAGAAG